UCUGGGUGUGGAUGGUCGUCUGAGGAACUUCUGCAAAUUUGGAUAAUUUUUUAAUAUCAUUUGGUGGAGUUUUGCAAUCCUACCAGGGGGCACCAGUGGGCCACGCCGGAGGUUUAACCGUCCGAACCUGGAAGCAAGUCCCUCCUCGCCGUAUCCACGAUGAGCAGAUGAGACCGUUUGGUUCCGAGCAGCGCCAUGUCCCGAGUGGACCAUGAAGUUAUGGCAUAGCCUGACCACUUGUUUGAUUCUGCUGGGAGCCGUGCACGCCGGUCAAGCGCCCCUAGCCCGGAGCCGACAGCGGCUUUCUUCUGGGAGAGAGGUGCCCAAGAAGGAGAGCCCCCUGGAAAGCCCACCGCUCCGGAUCAGCCUGUCCGUCAACUCGCAGGACGUCAGUCGCAGCCAGGAGGACGCCGACGACUGGGAAGACCAAUAUACCAUGGAGGAGCCGCUCCCGGCUGAGUUUGAGGACGUGGUGGAUUUGAUCAAAGUGACUGUCAGCAGAAUACGCCGCUCGCCCUCCUCGCCCACGGAGUCCUCUCAGGCCUCCCAGUCUCCAAGGACCUCCAAGUCGGAGCGGAACCCAAGCAACAGAGCUCGACACAUCAGACGCAAGAGAAAGAACGGAUCUAGCCGAGUGAGAAAUACAAGAACGAAGGGCGGGGCAAGAGGAAAGAAGACAGGAAGUGGGCGAGGGCAGGGCUGCGUGCUGAAACAGAUCCAGCUUAAUGUGACCGACUUGGGUUUGGGCUACCGCUCCGACGAGGAAAUGAUAUUCAGGUACUGCGCGGGGCCCUGCAGGAAGUCAGAGACCAACUAUGACAAGAUCCUGUACAAUCUGGCCCAGCGCAGGAGGUUCCCCGCCAAGGACACGCCCCCGCAGGCCUGCUGUCGACCAAUCGCGUUCGACGACGACCUCUCAUUUCUGGACGAUAACCUGGUGUACCACACCGUGAGGAAGCACUCUGCCAGGAAGUGUGCUUGUGUAUGAAAAGGAGUGCUUUUAAAUGUAAAUCAGGUCAUGAGCGACGACUCCUCAGGUGCAUCAGCCAUGUUUCAGUCACACACCACACCUUCUCUUCCUACUGGUCACUGACACUCAGACACUCUGUGUCUACAGUAUAGCACACUUUGUCACUGCCCAAUAAAAAAAACAAAAAAACACAAAGCCGUUCCUCGUUUAUCACGGUUAACUGGUUCUACACCCGACCGCGAUAAGUGAAUUUCCGAGAAGUAUGAUUCAUAAUGGAUAAAUAUUAAUAAACGCAAUAUUUUCAUCGUUAGAGAAUAGAAAACCUGUUUCACUCUAAGUACAGUUUUUAACAUUAUUAGAGUCAGAAGACAUGAAACAACACCCCUAUAGUCACCUUUACACUCCUAUUAUUCUUGGUUUACACCACACUGAGCAACACUGCAGGAUGCAGGGACAUAAGAGAUGGCCGCUGCGCAUAGCAUACAGAAAGCUACCGAGCUAACAAGUUAGCCUCCAAUUGAUUUGUUCUAAACUUAAGAAAGCGUUUCAAACGGAGUGAGGAAGACGAACAAAGUAAGAAGCCAAAAACUUACCACUUCCACAUGGACUGAGAGAACUCACGCCCCCCACUCGUAGCAUGUCAGACAUGCCAUGGCUGAUGUAAUGUAAGGUAACGUCUCAUCAGUGCAACAUUACUGACGCCUAGGGACCAGAACACUACAGUGCAUACAGUAUACUUUGUCUUUUAGUAUUUUCGGAAUAAUAAUGGGCCCUAGUGACCACGAAACAGCGAUUAUUUAGUAAUGAAAUAAUUUCUUUAAAAACAGCGAUUGAGUGAGGGAGCGUUGUUUGAACGGCGAUGUACCGAGGGACAACCACCCCCAAAAAAACAACUUUUGUUUGGUUGUUGAAAACCCAAGUAUUGUUUUUUUUCUUUUCACCCCAAAAAUGAUGUUAAAAAAAAUCCUUGCACUUUUAGCUUUUUUGACGUUUUAUUUAAAUCUCUUUUUAUGCAAAUAAAAACAAUUUUUGGGUUUGAUGGAACCCAUAUGCCCCUAGUUUUGACACAUUUCCUCAUGCUAGUCACAUCUAAAUUUAUUCUUUUUUUUAUUUUUAUCUGCUAGAACAUGGCGGGGAGGGAGGGGGUAGACAACCACUUCUUCCGAAUUUUUUCACAUAUUUCCAAAGGUUUUACUUUUUUUUUGCCCCCCCUCAUCCAGAAAAAAAAAUUGUUUCAAUAAAACUUUUUUUUUCCUUUGAAAUUGAAUUAUCUGAAAAAUGUUUCUUGUUCAGUUCGCCCAAAGGUCAGGGUUUUUUUCUUCUGGAAAA